CCCGCCUGCCAGGUGGGAAAGCGGGGCUGGUUGGAAGGGGUGGAUCGCACCUGCUGGGGACACGUUCGUCGGCGAAGAGUGGGCUGCUACCAUGAGGUUAAAUCAGAACAUCUUGCUGCUGGGAAAGAAGGUGGUGCUGGUACCCUACACCCCAGAGCAUGUGCCUAGGUACCACGAGUGGAUGAAAUCAGAGGAGCUGCGGCGUUUGACAGCCUCCGAGCCGCUGACCCUGGAGCAGGAGUAUGUGAUGCAACACAGCUGGCGGGAAGAUGCAGACAAGUGUACCUUCAUCGUGCUGGAUGCAGAGAAGUGGUGGGCCCAGCCAGGCACCGGCGAAGAAAGCUGCAUGGCAGGAGAUGUGAACCUCUUCCUCACGGAUCUAGGGGACCCCUCCUUGGGGGAGAUUGAGGUCAUGAUUGCAGAGCCCAGCUGCAGGGGUCAGGGCUUGGGCACCGAGGCCGUCCUCAUGAUGAUGUCUUAUGGAGUGACCAAGCUAGGUCUGACCAAGUUUGAGGCUAAAAUUGGGCAAGGAAAUGAACCGAGCAUCCGGAUGUUCCAAAAGCUUCACUUUGAGCAGGUGGCUGUGAGCAGUGUCUUCCAGGAGGUGACGCUCAGACUGACGAUGAGUGAGCCGGAGCGGCACUGGCUUCUCGAGCAGACCAGCCACGUGGAAGAGAAGCCCUACAGGGCUGGGGCGUCGGAGCGCCGCUGACAGCCGGCCCUGCGGACCAGCCACCCUGUGUGGAUGGGGGUGUGAGACCAGAGCCCUGCAGCAGGCAAACAGAGGGGGCCUGUGGGGCAGAGUGCUCUGGCCUUGCUCCAGCCUGGGACUCUCCUCCUGGGGCCCUUCAGACUCCGGGCUGGACUUGCCUUGGCCUCCCUCUGGCUGGCCUUGUGGCUGAGCCACUCCAGGGCCAGCCCCUCCUCCUGGCCAAACCUGGACUCAGACUCUUGGAGUCUGGAGCGGACGGCAUGAAUCCAUGGGAAGAGGCAGGGUGGAGGUGCAGCUGGAGACGAGGGGGCGCCUGGUGAAUGGGCAGGACCUCCCUUUCCCCCGGAGGGCCAGAGGGGCCGCCGAGGCUCUGGCGGGGAGUAAAGCGCACUGCACACAG